CGCUUGACUCGCUCUCUGACCUACUCACUCAAUUAGCGGAGUGCUUACUAGUAACCUUGUGUACUUACUCCCUAUUCCCAGGAGGCUCCCUGGGCCUGCCUUCCUCUUCGUGUUCGUCCUCGGCCGAGUCCAUCGUCCUCAUUCGGGUUGCCACCGCCAACCUCAACGGAUUGCCUGCUCCCUCCCUCCGUCCGGAUCGGCCCGGCUCCCGCGUUUCCCACGUGGCCGUCGCUUGGCCUGGACCAACAUGGAGUUCACUUCAGCCAAUGUGGAGAAGGUGGUGCUCCAGUUCUACCAACAAUCCGGGACCAACCAGCAGCAAAACCACGAAUGGCUGACCCGCGCCCAAAUGUCGCCCCAAGCCUGGGAGUUCGCCUGGGACCUGGUCACGCCCCAGAAGAAUCCGGAGGUGCAGUUCUUUGGCGCCAACACGUUGGCCACCAAGGUGUCCAAGUUCUUCCACGAGGUGCCGGUGGCGCAGUUCACCAUGCUGCGGGAACGACUAUUGACCUUGCUGACCACCUACUCGUUAGGGCCCAAGAUGGUCACCACGCGUUUGUGUGUGGCCGUGGCGGGCUUGGUCAAUCACGCCCUGCCCAAGCUGUGGGCCACGCCUAUCCAGGAUCUGGUGGCCAUUUUUCAACGCGAGAUGGAGUCGAAAGGAGUGGGCGUGCUCUUGAUCUUGCUGGAGAUGCUCACCGUCAUCCCCGAGGAGUUUCUGACCAUGAUCAUGAAUUCCGGUCGUCGGAAUGAGGUCCGGGUUCAAUUGGCCAACACUGUGCCUUCGGUCCUGGAUCUGAUCAAGAAGGUGUUUACCGAGGCGGGCAUUCCCAAUGAUAUCACGGUUCAAUCCAUCAAGGCCCUCCAAUCCUGGGUCCAGUUUGGUGUGCCCAUGGAGGAGGAGGAAGGCCUGUUUGGCAAGUUGUUGGUGUGUAUGAAGGAUGAAGAGAUGUUCGAGUGUUCUCUCGAGGCCAUGUGUAGUAUCGUGAGCCACCCGAACACCCACAAGUUUCCCAACACCAUGAAGAAGCUCCUGGGCCAUGUUUUGUCCCUGGAUCAGGUGUUGUUCAAGCUGAUGCAAGAAGAUUCGUAUGAGGUGGCUCUGCCUCUGGCCACGCUCUUCAUCACCUUUGGCGAAAGUCACUCGCGCUUGCUCCUGGAUUGGACCACGGAGAGCGAGGAAGGGCGGAACGCGGCCUUGAGAUUGGUGUCCAUCAUCCUGCGGAUCUCGUCCAGCCAGGCCCAGUUCCCCACCCAAGAGACGUUGAGCGAGAUUGCCUUCGGUUUCUGGUACAUAUUCCAAGAUGACAUUAUUGCCUGCGAGCCCCAGCAGUUCCAGCAUUGCAUCACGGUGUUUGGUCGGAUUUACCAUGAGCUCGUGGAGUCCUUGCUACGGAAGUCCAUGUACCCGUUGAAUGAUCAAAGUUGGACGGCUGACCAGAAGGAAGUUUUCCGAUGUUAUCGCACGGAUGUGGCUGACACCAUUAUGUAUUGCUUCAACAUCCUUAGGGAUAACCUCCUUCAGAUCUUGCUCUCCCACCUGGAUCAGGCCAUCACCAAGUCCAACAAUGAAGGCCAGCAGCAUUGGCCCUAUCUCGAGGCGUGUCUGUACGCCUGGUCGGCCAUCGGCGAAUCCAUGGCCGAAGAGGAGGAGUCGGCCCUUUUGUCGCAGUUCUUGGCCAAACUCCCGCUCAUACCUUACAACAACAACCCGAAGGUGAUCUCGUCGGCCUUGGACUGCAUUGGCGGCUUCGCCGAGUGGCUGGCCAACUACCCUCAGCUCGUGCCCCACGUCAUCCCCAUUGUGACCUCGGCCCUUCCCAAUCAGGAGUUGUCGCUUUGCGCCACCAUGGCGCUGAAGGACAUGGCGAGAGAUUGCACCGACGGACUCAAGCCCUACGCCAAGGAGGUGGUCAGCGCUUGCGUGUCUGCCCUCCGAUCCAACCAGCUGAAGCCCGGAGAGUGCGUCCGUCUCAUGUACCCGAUCGGAAAGAUGCUGUCCAUGAUGCCGCAGGAGGAGAUCAUGGGCACAAUGGAGUCCAUCCUGACGCCCUACAUCACGGAACUCCGCUCGCUCUCCGCCCAGGAGCCCAAUGUCCAGCUCAAGACCCGGGUGGUGUUCAUCCUGAAACUCCUGACCACUCUGUUCCAAGCGUUGAACCUGAACCCCAAGGAGGAGGGUGACAAGGUGGAAUCUCAGCAGAACCCCAAGCGGAUCCAGCCCAUGAUCACGCUGUUCCCCCAGUUGUUCCCAUUGGUCAAAGAUGUGGCGGCCCGCUGGGUCAGAGAUGAGGAAGUCAUGGACACGGUGUGGGGUUUUCUCAAGCAGUGCGCUCACACCCUACUCAACGAUAUUCGCCCAUUCACACAAGACAUACUUGAGCUCCUGAUCAACUGCUACACAACCGCACCUCACGGCGCAGCCCUCGAGCUGGCCAAGCUAUUCCUGACCCUGUUAGGCUCAGAACCGGGCUAUGCCCAAGCCUUUGUCCAGCUGUUUGCCCGCAUCAACACCACUACCAUGCAGUUCAUUCAGAGUACGGGCAACGUGUCCGACCACUCGGAUCUGAUAGCCACAUACUUCCAGGUCAUGAGUCAGAUCAUGAAGAAGGAUCGCAAAAUGUUCGAUCCACAGGGCAUUGAAGCGGGUCCGUUGUUCCAAUGUGCCACCUUCUGUCUGGCCUUGCCCGAAUCCAGCGUGGUCCGCUACGCGUCCAGCUUCAUCAGUCAUAUGGUCACCGUGAGUCGCGAAUCCCCAUACCUCACUGGCAUUGUCAACGAACAGGGCGAGAUGCUCUUCAAGCAAGUGGUCACCUGCAUCGGGGGAGACUACGGCAAGAACCACGGGGACUACUACGCCGAAAUCCUCCUUUCCCUGAACAAGAAGUACUUUGACAAUCUGUGCAACUACAUGAACAUCCUCCUCCGAGAGGAGAACUUCCCCACCGAGCGUGUGAGCCGCCAACAGAAGGAGCAAUUCGCCCAAAUGGUACUCAAAGAGCGGGCCAACAAACGCAAACUGAUCGAGAUCGUGCGCGAGUUCUCCUUGGCCUGCAACGGGAUGAUCAGCACAGAGCAGAUGAAUCAAGUGCUUGCGGCUUAUGAGCGGAUUGAGGAGAAACACGAGGUGGCGGCUGAGCUGAAGCAAGCCAAUGCGGCGGCUGCCGCAGCUGGAGGCGUGAUGGGUGCGGGUGUGCUCCGCUGAAUCAAAUUCGAACUGUUCUUCGUAUCCCAUGCAUGCAGUGUUGUGUGCGGAUAGUACUGUAUGUGUAGUCCCCUUUUUCUUGGUCGUCUUCAUUCUCCAUUUGUACUAAGAGCGCUACAAAGGAAAACAAAUGGUAUUCAAACAUAUUCAUAUUGCUAUAUGACUCUAUUGGAUAGAUGUUAUUCAUGAUAGCUCGCAUAUUUUCAUCAAAUACAACUGUUGGUUCCGCAUAAA